AUUUUGUAUUUUGUCUCGGCGUUCUUCGAGGGGAGAACGUUUUGGUUUUAAAAGUCUCAACGAAGACUUGAAAAUUGUAUAUACGUCUCUUUCACUUUUUCUUCGUCUUCGUGGAGAUCUAGAGCUAGGGUUUCUUCUGCGCUUCUGGUUCAGUCUUUCACAGAGAGAGAGAGAGAGAGAGAGAGAGAUCGAGAUUGUACAGACAUGGCGUCGCAGAUGCACCUGGACAAGAUGCAGCUCCGCCAGAACUUCCGGAAUCUCUGGCACACCGAUCUCAUGGGAACCAUUAAGGCCGACACUCGCUAUUGCUGCUUUGCGUUAUGGUGUGCGCCAUGCGCAUCAUACUUGCUCCGGAAACGAGCUCUUUACGAUGACAUGUCAAGGUAUGUAUGCUGUGCUGGUUACAUGCCUUGUAGUGGCAGGUGUGGAGAAAGUAAAUGUCCCGAAUUUUGCCUAGCCACUGAGGUUUUUCUCUGCUUUGGAAAUUCAGUGGCCUCAACUCGGUUUUUGUUACAAGAUCAAUUUAAUAUACAGACAACACAAUGUGAUAAUUGCAUCAUUGGUUUCAUGUUCUGCCUACAACAAAUUGCAUGCAUAUUUUCCAUAGUUGCAAUGAUUGUUGGAAGUGAGGAAAUUUCAGAGGCUUCUCAAUUAUUGUCAUGUUUGGCGGACAUGGUGUACUGCACGGUUUGCGCAUGUAUGCAGACACAACACAAGAUCGAAAUGGACAAGCGUGAUGGCAUGUUUGGGCCUCAAGCAAUGGCAGUGCCCCCUAUGCAACAGAUGUCUCGCAUUGACCAGCCAAUUCCUCCGUCUGCUGGCUAUCCACCUCAACCAGUCUAUGGACAGCCCUAUGGUUACCCACCUCCUCAGGCGCAGGGCUAUCCACCUGCUGGUUAUCCUCCACCUGCUUAUCCACCACAUGGCUAUUCUAGGUGAUGUUAUUUUACAACAUUACUGGUUGAUUUGCAAUGUCAAGGUGAUUUUUUAGUGCUACAUGUUGGGUUACAACUUACAAGUAAUGUCACUAUGAAAGUUCCAACUUGUGUAUCCACCAAAACAUAUCUUGAUCAAGCACUCGAGUCUUUGGUAUUUAUUUGCAGAGGGUGAUGGGAACAGUGAUUUAUUUGUGUGUGAUUUCGGUUUUUAUUGCCAAUUGAACUUCAAAAAAGUUUUAUAUAAAUCCUAGCUUCUUGUCGUCC